AUGAGGCUAUGUAAGGACGAAGUCGGUGUCAUCACCAUGUUUCGCCUCGUGUCUUUAAGGGCACUCCAGAGGCCAAGCAACUUUAUAAUUGCUUCAAGUCGUUUCACCUCGAGUAAAGCUGCUCCUGAAAAGGUGGAACUGUUUGUAGAUGAUAAGCCUGUUUAUGUAGAUCCAGGAACAACAGUGUUGCAGGCUUGUGCAUCUGCUGGAGUUGAAAUUCCUAGAUUCUGCUUUCAUGAUCGUCUCUCAGUGGCUGGCAAUUGUCGUAUGUGUUUAGUAGAGGUGGAACGAUCGCCUAAACCAGUUGCUUCAUGUGCUAUGCCAGUCAUGAAAGGCAUGAAAGUGAAGACAAACUCUCCUAUUUCCAGAAAAGCUCGGGAAGGUGUGAUGGAGUUUUUGUUGGUUAAUCAUCCAUUAGAUUGUCCGAUUUGCGAUCAAGGAGGUGAAUGUGAUUUGCAAGAUCAGUCAAUGGUAUUUGGAAGUGAUCGCAGCAGAUUUACUGACAUUGAAUUUUCUGGUAAACGGGCGGUUGAGGACAAGAAUGUAGGGCCUCUUAUCAAAACCAUCAUGACCCGUUGUAUUCAUUGUACCAGAUGUAUCCGUUUUGCGAGUGAGAUUGCUGGAGUUGAUGACCUUGGAACCACAGGACGUGGAAAUAAUAUGCAAGUUGGAACCUAUUCCAAAAAAAUUAAAGCAGUCAGAACUUCAAGAAAUAUUUGA